AUGGCGUCGCCGCCAUCGAGCCCAAAGCAGCUACCCUUACCUUCCACUCUUACCGCUGUACCACCAAAUAGUCAUGCUCGCCAGUCUAGCAUUGGCACGACGACAUCAUUUACUCCAAUAGUCAAGUCUCCGACCUUUGGCUAUCAUGGCCCAACCCAUGCCGGAGGAAUACAACCCUCUGCAUCGUUCUUCCGAGCACAGCGUCCGAAUAAUAUACCAAGACCCGACUCCUCUCUUCCCACUGACGCCGAUGUAUUCAAUCUGUCUCCCCUCACCAAACGAUUGUCAAAUAGUUCGGAUGAUGCAGCCGGCAGCGUAACGGGUGCAACUGCUGAAGAAGAAGAGUACUCUAAACCACAAAAUGAGGACUCAGUCAUUCCGCUUUCCAUCCCCACUCGGCCGGGUAUGCUUCGAGAUCGCAAUGGGUCAAGUGGUCCUCUUUCCCCCACCCGAAUUGUACGAAACAGUCUAGAGCGUGUCUUCAGUCUCCGGCGAGGAAUGAGCUUCGAAUCCAUUCGCAAGUCCACAGGCACUCGAGAGAGGGCUGACGGCAGACGCGACGAAGAACACGGCAUGUUUGACAUUCCUUCAUCACCAUAUACCAAGACUCCUCACUCGCAGGAGCACCAUACCCCCUCUGCUUCGCCAGAACCCUCAUUCUUUGCUCACACUGAUGGACCGUCGCGCAUGGAACGACCGGUGUUGGACCCCGUUACCCACAAACCAAUGCGAAAUUACGAGUUGCAUCCCUCACGUAACCGAUGGUUUUUCCAAGGCAGAAUACUCACUGGAGGCGACUCCCCUUGGGCGUUCAUUGGCUCAAUGUCACUUCUGCUCGCUAUUUCGGGAACUUGGUUUGGAACAACUGCUGUCUGGUGGUGGCACAAUAUCAGCCCCGCAGUGUCCAUAAUCUGUGGCUACAUGGCGCUGAUUACCAUUUCAAGCAUGCUUACCACUGCCAUGCGCGAUCCUGGUAUCCUCCCCCGUGACCUUGACCCUGAACCUCCUUACCCUGCUACAUCUCCUUCAGAUGGUGGUAUGCGGGCACCAAUGCCGCGAGAUCUCAAAGUUCGGUCGGACGUAGUACGUGUAAAAUAUUGUCCAACAUGCAAGACGUAUCGGCCUCCCAGAUCAAGUCACUGCAAAAUGUGCGACAACUGCGUUGACGGCUGCGACCACCAUUGUCAAUGGGUGAACAACUGCAUUGGACGGCGAAACUACACCACCUUUUUUGUCAUGCUUGUGUCAGUCGCAACGACACUCGUCCUCGUUAUUUGCACUUCCGCAAUUCACUUGGCACUACUUCCUGGGCGGGAGCAUAUUAGUUUCAAGCGUGCGCUUCGAGAAGGCGCUGGGAGCGCGGUAGUAUUCAGCCUUUCCAUCGUGGUGUUUUGGCCAGUCAUGUUGCUUCUGAUGUACCAUAUGCGGCUUUUACUGUUAAACAUUACGACGCUUGAACAGAUUCGAAACCAAGCCCAUAAAACUCUUGUCCCAGGUUCAGCUCCCCUCAAUCCGUUCUCGCACGGUAGUUUCAGGAAAAAUUUGCUGGCAGUCCUUUGUCGGCCUAUAGGGUACUCAUGGCUAAACGGACAUGCCUUUGCGGUACAGGACGAGCGUGAAGUUAAUCCGGGCCUUGUCGGUAGAUAG